GAUCGACGAGACGAGUGGGUCUGUGGGUGAGGUGAUUGGUGAAGCACACAACAAUGGCACUAGCAGAAUUGGGUCUCGGUCCUCUCGGAGAUAGCCUGGAGGAGCUCCGGUGGACAUUCGAAAGCGGGAAGACACGAAGCAUAUCUUGGAGGAAAGCUCAGCUGCAAGCACUCCUCAAUUUCCUGCGCGACAACGAAGAACAAAUCUUGGAAGCUAUCCACGAAGACGUCGGCAAGCACCGAGUCGAAGCUUUUCGUGAUGAAGUCGGAGUCCUAAUAAAAUCACUGACGCACAAUUUGGAUUGCUUGGAGAAAUGGGUUGCACCAAAAAAGACUAAACUACCUCUGGCUUUCUUCCCUGCAACUGCUGAAUUGCUGCCCGAACCUCUUGGCCUUGUUAUCAUAUUCUCCUCUUGGAACUUUCCCAUGAGCCUGGCAUUGGAACCACUGAUCGGAGCCAUAUCUGCAGGCAACACAGCAGUUAUCAAACCUUCUGAAAUUUCUCCUACAUGCUCCUCUUUUCUUGCCACUGUCAUUCCACGUUACCUGGACAAUAAAGCAAUUAAGGUUAUUGAAGGUGGAGCAGCUAUUGCAGCACAACUUUUAGAAGAGAAGUGGGACAAGAUAUUCUUCACUGGGAGUCCACGUGUAGGGCGUAUCGUUAUGUCUGCGGCUGCGAAGCAUCUGACACCUGUAACUUUAGAGUUAGGUGGAAAAUGCCCUGUUGUCUUAGACACCCGAUUUAGCUCCUCAGAAAUGGAGGUGGUUGUCAAAAGAAUAGCAUGGGGGAAAUGGGGGCUCUGCAAUGGCCAAUCAUGUAUAGGAGUUGAUUAUGUCCUUGUAGAAGAAAAGUCUGCAUUUACUCUGAUUGGUUUAUUAAAAAAAGCAAUCAACAAAUUCUAUGGUAAAAACACAAAGGAAUGCAACGACUAUGUCAGGAUUAUCAAUGAGCACCAUUUUGAGAGAUUGCAUAAGCUUAUAAGAGAUCCAGAAGUUGCAAAUUCAAUAGUUCAUGGUGGUUCAGUAGAUAAAGAGAAAUUGUUCAUUGAGCCAACAAUUUUAUUGAAUCCUCCACUUGAAUCUGAGAUCAUGACUGAGGAAAUCUUUGGUCCAUUUCUUCCAAUAAUCACGUUGAAGAAUAUUCAACAGAGUGCUGGAUUUAUAAAAUCCAGACCGAAGCCUCUCGCCCUAUAUGUCUUCACCAAAGAUGAGACACUGAAGAAACUGAUGAUAUCACAAACAUCUUCGGGAAGCAUAACUUUUAAUGAUGUUGCAUUUCAAUUCUUAUCAGACAGCUUACCAUUUGGAGGUGUUGGUCAGAGUGGUAUGGGAAGGUACCAUGGGAAGUUCUCUUUUGAUGAAUUCACCCAUGAAAAAGCAGUUCUUCGAAGAACCUUAUUAUUAGACCUGGAGCCAAGGUACCCUCCGUGGAAUGAUUUCAAGUUGAAAUUCAUCAGGUUGCUUUAUAAAUAUGAUUAUUUUGGGUUGCUUCUCCUCCUGCUGGGGUUGAAGAGAUAAUAAUCAGACCUUCUCUGUCAAAAUUAGUAGGGACCCUUUGUGCAGUAAAUAGAUGCGCAUGUAUUAUGUAUGUACUUAAUGUCAAGCGAUUCUCAAAGAGUUGUAAUAAGAAUUUGUUGAAUUGAGUAUCAAGCAAUUUCCA